CUGUGCGCCUGUGUACACUGACAUCACUGAUCAGUCAUCCGUAUUUGGGUGCUUUGAGUAUCUAGUACAGAUACCAGCUGGACUGCUUUCCCUCCUUUCAUUUCGACAGGCUGCAGUUGCAACUGCGCUGGUGUAAAUAUGUCGGGUGGCUGGUCGGUGAAGGAUCAUAAGAAUUACACGAACCCCAGCGCCGGGGUGAAGCGACCGCGCAACGACGUGGGGAACAGGGUAACAGUUGUUCUCGGAGCGCAAUGGGGCGACGAAGGCAAGGGAAAAGUGGUCGAUUUAUUGGCGACAGAGUCGGACAUCAUUUGCAGAUGCCAGAUCCGUGCCACUCGCUGUAAGAUGGAACACAAUCUCUGAGCCAUCAUCAAGCUUGUGCUACGAUCCCCUCGGUUAUCCUGACUGACUUUCACCUAAGUCGCCACCCCUACCUCAAGAUGCCUUUGAAGACAUCACUAUACCUGAAGUCGAACACACUGCGUUCCAGGAAGUCAAAGCGCAGGGAGCCGCUGUCUGUCAACAUGAUCAGCCAACCACUUGGUGACUUCCGUCACCUUUCCCACAUCGGGAUGGACUCCCAUGGCGAUGCCUUCGGUGACCUCUCCUUCCUGAAAAGAGUGAACAGCCUGCCCAACGAGUCUCAGCUCAACAAACUGGGGCUGGACCCAGACAACGUCCCACCGCCACCUAAACCCCCCCGCCUCGAAUCUGGGGAAGACGCAGAGCCCCAGGGUCGCCACGGUAACCAGAGGCACAAGAAGUGCCACUCACUGCCUCUGCUGGACAGUAUAGAGGCAGAUGAGCUGUCCUUGGUGGAAGAUCAGCCAGGCUUCAUGGCUGAAAGGGAGGCGGAGCCCACUCAGGAUCCUCCCCCUGAGCCCCCUGCUCCUGAGGACGACCCCCCCUUCUCUCUCAAUCUGGACCUAGGCCCCUCCAUCCUGGAUGAUGUCCUGAGGGUGAUGGACAAACUCAGCCAGUGAUGCUAUCUCUGGUUUCUUACCUACACUAGGUGGUGGGCUUAUUUCUCAGUUGCCAGGAAACAGUAGCCAUAGUGUGCAAUUCUCCUUAUCCAUACUUUUGUAUGAUCUGUGCUUGAUCCUAAUGUGAACUACUGUUGGCUGGCUGAGAGGAAUGAUGUGAGACACUAUUUGCUGGCUGUAGUGAUGCAAGCCACUAUUGGCUGGCUAUUUGGAGUGAUAUGAACUAUAGUGUUGGCUGGCUGAGUGGCAAGGGAGUAUUCUUUCCUUUUUCCAAAAGCAUACUGUCAACAUUUGACCUCUCUUGCGGAACUCUCAAAUUUCCACUGAACACCUGGAUCACCAUUGCAAGAUAAUCACAUGACACACUGAGAUAUGCACAGUGAAAAAUAAGUUUUGAGAGUGUUUAUGUGGACAUACAUGUGUGGUGAUUGUCACACACAAUGCUUUAAAGACUGUAGAAGAGGUCAGAGACAGCCACUCUCAUGAUAGUAACCUAUUUUAAAUUUAAAACAUGGAUUUAUCACGGAGAUACCAGGAACAGCUAAUGCUCUUAUUGAUGGAAUCUAAAACUGUACAUUAAAACACAAUAAUAUGACAGCAA